AGACAUCAUUCCUCGCCGUACAUUCGACAAAUGCCAGAAAACUGGAAGCAUCGCGACUCGAUAAUCGUACCCUUACCCAAGGUAGUAAUGUUUCGAGCACUUCGAGAAGUCGGUCGCGCAGUCCGCAACACAGUUGCAGAAGGAAUACAUCAGUACGAGCAGCAGCAGCAGCAGCACCAGCGUCAACAAUACAACACCUUUCCACAGGGAGGCUACUACAAUAAUACAACCCUUGUUCCAUACCGUGGGCAAAUCCCCCAACCUCCCCCGUCGUCAUGGCCGCUCCUUAUUGAACCCGACAAGACUACGCCAACCUUCCUGUUCUCCCGUUUGCUUGACGCCAUCUUCGCCCUUGCGCAAUCUGCCGACACCAAUACGGCAUCCCAGGAGCUCCUAACCCCCACCCGCCUAGCCGCAGUCUAUGACGAACUCGGUUACCCACCGGAGGACAACUUAGCCUUUCUCCUCUUCCGCGACGCGUAGAACACGGGAGACAUGGCAAGACUCAACGAGGGAAUCCAAAUGGCCUGGCGAAUCUUCGGACUGGAGUAUACCACCACGACGCAAAACACGCCCGGCUUGACGAGGAAGGGAUUCCGGGACCUGAUGGUGCGCAACGCCAUAAUGUACCCGCCCGGUCAAGCUCGCGCGUACGACAUGCUGCUGGCCAAGCACAGGGCCCGGCUUGUUGCGCUCGGGGCGAUGCUUCCGGCCGGGGAGAUCGCAAUGGAGUGCUUCAUGCCUGCUGGGAUCCCCGCGACGGGGGACGGGGAGACACAGAGGGUUUAUAGGGAGCAGCAGGCGAACUGGGUGUGGGAGUAUAAAGCGCGGUUUACGAUCGCUCAUAUGGGGUGUUUGGCAGGAGGGGCCAGGGAGCCCGCCGGAGGUUGGGGGUUGGCUAUGCAACUGGAGAAUUUCAAGCAUAACAUGACUAUGGAUGCCCUGGGCCCGGGUUAUAGAGAGCCUAAUGGAUCGGUGGGUAUACCAUUCACUAUACGGGUGGACUAAGUUGGUAGCCUUCGUUGCAGCAGAUAUGAGAG